AUGGAUAAAGUAGAGGUAUGCUUUGAGGAGUAUGGUUACCUUGAAGAUGUAGCCAUGAAUGCAUAUAAAAUGUCAAACUUGGCUUACAAAUGUUUGAUGGAAACAAACAAGUUGACUGGGUCAAAUUUCACGGAUUGGCUCUGUUGUUUGCGCUUGGUGCUAAGGCAUGACAAGUGUGUCAUGUUGUCAUCUAUGAGUUUGGAACUGCAAAGACAACAUGAACACAUGCUUCCAUAUGAAAUGCUUACGCACUUGAAGAGUUUGUAUGCUUCACAAGCUCAAACUAUGGAGUAUGAGAUACUUCGCGAUCUCUUCAAGUGCGAGCUUCAUGAUGGAAGCAAGGUUUCUGAGCAUGUGCUGAACAUGAUUGGUUUGAUUGAGAGGUUAGCAUCGAUUGGAACGGUGAUCCCCACAAAUGUCUCAACAAAUCAAAUUUUGCAGUCUCUUCCUAGUAGUUUUGAGAAUUUCAUUGUGAAUUUCAACAUGAACAACACGAAGGUUGGUCUGCCAGAGCUGCGCAAUAAGCUUAAGACUUAUGAGUCUUCCACUGCUAAGGUAAAAUCUGUGCUCAUGGUGAGCUCUUCUGCGAAGUCUUCGAAAUGGAAGAAUAAGCCGCAAUAG